AUGUCCACUGCUAUGGAUUAUUUAUUAUUUGAGGAACCAACUGGUUAUGCUAUUUUUAAAGUAAAAUUACAACCAGAUUCCGUAAAUGCUUCAUCUAAAGAAGUUCAAAAGGAAAUUAACGAUUUCGGUUCAUUUACCAAGUUGGUUGAAUUAGUUUCUUUUGCUCCAUUUAAAGGUGCUGCACAAGCUUUAGAGAAUGCCAACGAUAUUAGUGAAGGUUUGUGUUCAGAAGCUUUAAAGUCACUUUUAGCUUUAAACUUACCAAAAAAUAGCACUACCUUGGCUAUUUCUGAUCCAAAAUUGGGACCAUCUAUCAAGGAACAGUUUCCAAAGGUCACUUGUAUUGCCAACGAAUUGGCUCAAGAUUUAAUUCGUGGUGUUAGAUUACAUUCUACUAAAUUAUUGAAAAGUAUUGUUGAAACUGGUGAUUUAGAAAGAGCUCAAUUAGGUUUGGGUCACGCUUACUCCAGAGCCAAAGUUAAGUUUAAUGUUAGUAAAAACGAUAACCAUAUUAUCCAGGCCAUUGCUUUGUUGGAUUCUUUGGAUAAAGAUAUAAACACUUUUGCCAUGCGUGUUAAAGAAUGGUAUGGCUGGCAUUUCCCAGAGCUAGCAAAGUUGGUUCCAGAUAACUAUACAUUUGCUAAAUUAGUUCUAUUUAUUAGAGACAAGGCCAGUUUAAAUGAGGAUUCUUUACAUGACCUUGUUGAAGUUUUAGGCAAUGAGGAUUCUGCUGUUGCUGAAAAGAUCAUUGAUAAUGCUCGUAUAUCUAUGGGUCAAGAUUUGAGCGAAAUUGAUAUGGAAAAUGUUUGUACUUUUGCUCAAAGGGUUGUUUCUUUAGUUGAUUACAGACGUCAAUUAUUCGAGUACUUGUGUGAAAAAAUGCACACUGUUGCUCCUAAUUUGAGUGAAUUAAUUGGUGAGGUGAUUGGUGCUAGAUUAAUUUCACAUGCUGGUUCCUUAACUAACUUGUCCAAACAGGCUGCGUCCACAGUGCAGAUCUUGGGUGCUGAAAAGGCUUUAUUUAGAGCCUUAAAAACAAAGGGUAAUACUCCAAAAUAUGGUUUAAUAUAUCAUAGUGGAUUUAUCGCAAAAGCUGCUGCCAAGAACAAGGGUAGAAUCUCUAGAUAUUUAGCUAAUAAGUGUUCUAUUGCAAGUAGAAUUGAUAAUUACAGUGACGAGCCUUCUAAUGUUUUUGGUACUGUUUUAAGAAAACAAGUUGAACAGAGAUUAGACUUUUACAAUACUGGUGCGCCAACUUUGAAGAAUGAAUUGGCCAUUAAAGAAGCUAUGGAUCUGUAUAAUGAUGAAAAUCCAACUGAAAAGAAGGAAGAAACACCAUCCAAAAAGAGAAAGGCUGAAGAAGAUGAAGAGGAAGAGGAAGAGGAAAAGAAAAAGCCAAAGAAAGAAAAGAAAGAAAAGAAAGAGAAGAAAGAAAAGAAAGAAAAGAAAGAGAAGAAAGAAAAGAAAGAAAAGAAAGAAAAAAAGGAAAAGAAAGAAAAGAAAGACAAAAAGGACAAAAAGGAACACAAAAACAUAAAAGAAAAGAAGGAUAAAAAAAAGAGUUCCAAGAAAGAUUAA